CCUCCCUCUCUGUUGUGUCUGAUCUCCCGCGUUGCUCUUUGUUAAUCUGCUCUCAUCGAAGCUACUCUCUACGUUCUACUAAUGUACUCUCGUUAAAGCUGCUCUCUGCUCUAUGCUGAUAUGCUCUUAUCAAACCAAAGAUGCUCUUUGCCUUCUGUUGAUCUGCUCUCUACCUUCUGCUGAUUUGCUCUCACCGAAGCUACUCUCUUUAUGCUGAUUUGCUAUCACCGAAGUUGCUCUCUACUGUGCUGUCUGCUGAUUUGCUCUCACCGGAAGUCCAAAACUGCUUUCUGUUGAUCUACUUUCUUUCACUUCAUCAGCCUUGAUUUCUGUUGGUAAAACGCCACAACUGUAAACACAGGCCUUGUGAAGUUGACAGUCCCCUGCCUGGAAGCUGGCAAUGACGCAAGAAAUUGCUCCUUGUGGCUGACAUUCAACAUCAUUAAGUCACUUAGAGAGACCCCUUUUGGCACUUGCAAUCUAUUUGCUACAAAACAUGCAAAAAACUGUAGGUCAUUUAAUCUUCCCCUUUACAAAUAAACAAAGUACUUCAUUUAAAAUCCAUGACAGCCCGAUUCUGCUCUUCUUCUCCUUCUCCCCGUUGCAGCCCACCCGAAAGAAAAAAAAAAAAAAGGGAACCCAGCCAUGCCUCGAGGAAACCGGUAGAGAGCUUGAUUUUAUCCUUCUUUUCUUGCUCAAGAACAAGAUUGGAGCCUUGAAAUCUUCCCCCCCCUGCAGGAAAGCUUCCGGAUCUGCCUUGCUCUGUUCUGUCCGUCUGUUGCUCGUCAUUGGGUGGGUGCGAAUUCUGGGCAUUUUUAGAUUUCCCGAAAUUCCCCCUGCAAUUCCCGCCGGCUCCUCCCCAAUCUGCACUGCGGUUUUGCUUGCUGGAUUUAUGAAAAAUGGGGAGGAAUUUCGUAGCUUUAGGACAAAUUUAAGCAUUAAUUCAAUUACUGUUCAUGGUACUGUUCAUGGUACUGUUCACGCACUUAUGGCCAACAAUAAAUGGGGAUUUAAAUGAUUAGUUUGUAAUAUAAGAACAAAUUUGAAGAUAUCUGAUCAUGUGGAGAUUGAUAGAAAUAGCAUCAUGAGUAGGGGGUAGUCAUGGUGAUUUUACUUUUGAAUCUGUGGUAAGAUAAUUAAUUUUUGGGUAUUUUAAUUAGGUUCCUAAUUGUUCUGUCAGUUUAGCAUUGGGAUUGAGUCUUCGGUUUUAUGCGAGUGAGGUAAGUAAAUUUAUGGUAAUACCCAUACAGUUUUUAAAAGCAUGUUUUGAUUUGUUUUUGAAGUGGUGGUGGGACUAAACCCGUUUUACACAAGUAUGAUUGAUUUGAAGUGAAAUUUUUAUACUUUUCAUUAAAUUGAGCAUGCCUACUAGAAAUUUAAUUGAUUGUCCUGAUGACUUGAAAGUGAUUGGUGAAUUAUGAUUUUUCUGUUAACUUCUGCCUGUUUUAUCUUCGAUGUGGUUAUGUUAUUAAUAAUCCUGUUAGUGGGGGUUAAACGCUAGCACAUGUCGACAUGUUAUUGAUAGAACCGGUUCAAGUGUAGCCUGCCAAUGAGAGAUUUAUAACACUAGCCGUGACCUAUAGAAGAGACGUCUAUUUCGUUCCCGUACUAUAUCCGUUUUUCGUAAUUGCACAUGUUGGCAUACUAUAAGUUUAAUAAGGGCACUCCAUAUUUUACUUACUGAGUUUAUCUCAUAGUUUUUCCUUGUCCACCAUUUCAGGAAGCAAAAUUGAGGACGGGGAAACCACGGGAAGUGACGAGUUAGAAGACUAGCCAUUUCGAGAUUGAUAUAGAUUUUAGAAAUAAAUUAUGAUCUUGUAAACUCGAGUGUAUUUGGAGAUUUUAUGAUAUCAGAGUAGAUUUUAAGAUUUUAUUUUCAGAUUUUGGUGGUAUCAGAUUGUGAUAUGAUU